AUGCCUCAAACACAUUUUUCAGAGGAUCCUCCUCAGGUUAUUAACCAGAAGGACCUCGAACUCGCCAAUGAGAGACUCAAGCAGUCAGAGUCGAACAAUGGUCUCGCCAACACCGGAGAGGGAUCCGGCACCGCUGGCUCAGGCGAUGAUGCCAGUUCACCCAUAGAUCCUACUGGUAACGGAUCCGGGCUCGAGAAGAUGGGCACAUACGACAAGUAUGAAAUUACGGAAGACGACUGCUACGAUGAGCUGGGCUACACCUUUUCCAACUGGAAGAAGUGGUACAUUUUGACCGUCAUCUUCUGGGUCCAGGUGUCCAUGAACUUCAACACAUCUCUGUACUCGAAUGCCAUCCCUGGCAUCUCCGAGGAGUUUGGCGUGAGCGCCCAGGCUGCUCGGUGUGGUGCCAUGAUUUUCCUGGUGCUCUACGCUUUUGGUUGUGAGCUGUGGGCGCCGUGGUCUGAGGAGUUUGGUCGGUGGCCUGUUCUUCAGCUCUCUCUGUUCCUGGUCAACAUCUGGCAACUGCCCGUGGCGUUGGCUCCCAAUUUCGCAACCAUCUUGGUUGGUCGUGCCUUGGGUGGUCUGUCGUCUGCUGGUGGCUCGGUUACGCUGGGCAUGAUUGCGGAUAUGUGGGAGGCGGAUAACCAGCAGUAUGCUGUUGCUUAUGUUGUCUUUUCAUCCGUUGGUGGCUCUGUCUUGGGGCCGAUUGUUGGUGGUUUCACCGAGGAGUAUCUCGACUGGAGAUGGUCCAUCUGGAUCCAGCUCAUUCUCGGUGGAUUUGUCCAGCUCGUCCACUUCUUCACCGUGCCCGAAACCCGAACUACCAUCAUGAUGAACCGAAUUGCCAAGCGACGUAGAAAGGAGACUGGUCAGAAUGUCUGGGGUCCUGAUGAGCUUGUCCCAUUCAGCGACCGCUUCUCUGCCAGGGAAAUUCUCGUCACCUGGGUCCGACCUUUCCGCAUGUUUGUCACGGAGCCCAUCGUCCUGGUAUUGUCAUUGCUCUCAGGUUUCUCGGACGCUCUGAUCUUCAUGUUCAUUCAGUCGUUCGCGCUUGUAUAUGGCCAGUGGCACUUCUCCACUGUCCAGAUCGGCUUGACAUUCAUUCCCAUUGGUAUUGGGUAUUUGCUCGCCUGGUUUCUUUUCAUCCCCGCCAUCCGCCGCAACAUCAAAGAGCGCAAGGCCAAGCCCAAUGACGAACGUGCUCAGUACGAAUCGCGUCUUUGGUUCCUUCUUUACACGGCUCCUUGCCUGCCAAUCGGUCUUAUUGGCUUCGCCUGGACUAUUCAAGGCCCUCCCCUUCACUGGAUUGGAUCUAUGGUUUUUGUCGCCAUCGUCGGUAUCGCCAACUACGCCAUUUACAUGGCCACGAUCGACUACAUGAUUUGCGCUUAUGGACCGUACUCUGCAUCUGCCACCGGAGGUAACGGUUGGGCCAGAGAUUUCCUGGCAGGUGUGCUUACUCUCCCAGCUGUUCCAUUCUUCGAGAACAUUGGUGCCUCCAGCGGGAAGAACCUGGAGUACGCCAGUACUAUUCUGUUCUGCAUUUCUUUUGUCCUUGUUGUUGCUGUCUACAUCAUUUACUGGAAAGGCCCUGCUCUGCGACAUCGCUCUCCCUUCGCUCAGAAGCUGGCGGAUGCUCGUCAAAUGCAAAUCAACGAAGGCCGUCGCGGCAGUGUCCCCUACGAUCCGGACGAGCGCCGAGGCUCUGCUGCUUCUGCCACUGCUCGACCCGGAAACGAACGUCGGUACAGUCAACAGCACCGAUUCUUUGGUGAGAGCCGUGUCACCCCAAGAGGUACACCUCGCGGUACACCUUCUGCAUCUCGCCGACCAAGUAUGGCAAACAUUGCCGCGAAGAAACAAGGGUAA